AUGGGGAAGAAUCAUCAUCAUUUCCUCUGUUCUUUAUUCCUUUGCUUGUUCUUCCCCUGCUUCAACGUUCAAGCCCAGAACUCAGACUACAGAGUACCCGAUCAGUACUUCAUCAACUGUGGCUCGGCCGGAAGCACGACGGUCAAUGGCCGGAACUUCGUCGGCGACGUCAACCCGAAUUCCUUCACCUUAUCCGCACCUCAAUCCGCCGUAGCCACUAACCCAUCAACGAACUCAUCAGCAACUCUUUACGGAACCGCAAGAAUUUUCAAACAGACAUCCUGGUACGACUUAGACAUAGUCAACAACGGCACCUAUUUGGUACGCUUCCAUUUCUCUCCUUUCAUUUCUCAAGACGGUGUUGAUCUCAGCACCGCUAGAUUCAACGUCUCCGCUUCCAAUUUCUACCUUCUGUCCGAAUUCCAUGUUCAAAACAGUACCAACAACAACGCUUCUAGUAACUCGCCUUUGAUUAAGGAUUUUUUCAUGAAUUUAAAUGCCGGGAAGUUCCAGAUUAAAUUCAUUCCUUCCGGGUCAUCAUCGCUGGCUUUUGUCAACGCAAUUGAAGCAUUCCUUGCUCCUGAUGGCUUCAUUAGUAAUUCUACCCCUCCUGUAGUUGUUAUGGGGUCUAGUAACAGUGUCUAUGAUGGGUUAAUCUCUAAUGCUUUGCAAGUAAUUCAUAGGAUUAACGUUGGGGGAUCUCUAGUAACUCCUGGUGUUGACACAUUGGGGAGAACUUGGGUUCCUGAUGAUGAUUACAUGUUCUUCCAAAAUGCCACCGUUAAAACCCCGUUCCGAAAUGCACCGCCUCAAUAUGGCCCGGGUUCAGCUACAAGAUUUGAUGCUCCUGAUCCUGUGUAUAAUUCAGCCAAAGUGCUCAACGUUAAUAGUAGUGUAUUACAAAAUAUUAAUGCUACUUGGAGUUUCGCUGUGAAUCGGAAUUCCAGGUUUCUAGUCCGUGCGCACUUCUGUGACAUCCUUGGUGGCGUUUCAUCAGAUAUUUUGAAGUUUAAUCUCUUCAUCCAAAACUUCCUCCAAAUGGUUGAUGCACACUAUCAGAAUCGUGAUUUGGCCGUUCCUUUCUACUUCGACUUCGCGGUAGAUUCGGGUUCCUCUGGUUUGAUGAACGUUAGUAUGGGCGCUAGGCAAGAUUCAGAUACGAAAACGGCUUUUUUAAAUGGUCUAGAGAUUAUGGAACUGAUUAGCAGCUCUGGUUCCAUUUCAGUGCUGAAUAGUAAAUCGUCCAAGACUAAUUUGGGCGUAAUUGUGGGCUCAGUUGUUGGAGGGGUGGUUCUAAUCAUUGUUUCGGCGGUAUGUUUGUGGUUUUAUUUGAUCAGGAAGAAAGCAAAGCCAGUUGACACUGUUGAUGAGUGGGAACUACCGGAUAUGAACAGGGGAACUUCAUAUAGCAGGAGCACUGACAGAAAUACCAGUGGCUCUCCUCUUCCGGAUCUAAAUCUCGGCCUGAAGAUAGCUUUGGGUGAAGUUCUUUUUGCCACAAAGAAUUUCGAUGAAGCUUUGGUUAUUGGUGAAGGUGGUUUUGGCAAAGUCUACAGAGGAAUUCUUAGGGAUGGAACUAAAGUGGCUGUCAAAAGAAGUGAACCAGGACGAACCCAGGGAUUCUCCGAGUUUCAAACUGAGAUAAUGGUCUUAUCGAAAAUCCGGCACCGGCAUUUGGUCUCCUUGAUCGGGUACUGUGAUGAUAGAUCAGAGAUGGUUCUUGUGUAUGAGUUCAUGGAGAAAGGGACACUGAAAGAUCAUCUGUACAGCUCUAAGGGAGAUCCCGAGAAACCAACCUCUGAACCGAAACAAGCACUUGAUAAUACGCUUCCGAAGGAGCAAAUAAACCUGGCAGAAUGGGGAAUGUCUCAUAUAAUGAAAGGGGAACUUGAAAAGAUCAUUGAACCUUCCCUAAAGGGCAAAAUCAGCCCUGAUUCACUAAGGAGAUUUGGGCAGAUUGUGCAGAAAUGUUUGCAGGAGCGCGGCACCGACAGGCCUAAUAUGGUCGAUGUGCUAUGGGAACUGGAGUAUGCAUUACAGCUGCAACAGACUGCAUUGCCGUGGCAACCAAAUGAAAGCAGUGAUUCCGAAGUUUCAUACAAUCUGCCGAUGCCUUUGCUUGGAAGAUUCCCAUCUUUCAGCGCUGCAAUAAGUGAAUAUGAAAUGGAGGACUCAGAUGUUCUUAGGAACAGGAGCAGUAAUCACACGGAUGCCAGUGCAGUAUUCUCUCAGAUUAUAAUGCAGGAGCCUAGGUGA